AUGGCACUUCUCGCAGCGUCCCGAACCGCCCCAACGGUCUCCCUAGCCCCCCGGCCCGACAUCAUCUCCGCUCUUCACCCUCUCGUCACCAGCGCUGUUUACUUCCAACACUUCCUCAGCUCUGUCGCCUUCCAUCUCUUCGUGCGGACCUACUUCGCCGCCUCCGUUGUGGCCACUCUCACGUUAUGGAUGAGCAAGACCAUCGCCUGGAGGACCCUUCUGGUUUCCAAGUUUCUAGCCAUCCGAUCACUACUCCUUGCGCGCCGUACCACCUGGUCCGUGUGGGACUGCAAGCGCGCUAGGAGGUUCCGCAAACGGCUCGAGUUCGAACUGUACAUUCUGCUCGUUGGGGGCGGGAACACCGUAUUGUUGGUAGUGUUCUGGCCCGGUUGGAUCAUGCUGGGUGUGCUUGGUUGUGGCGUCUGGCUAUUGACCGGCUGA